CGUGUGAAUCGAAUCAUGAUCGACCCGUCGCGGUAGAUUGCUCUGGCUGUGCGUGAAUAAGAGUUCCGUUUGUGUCCGUCUCAGUAAAAGUACAUUGAGCCGCCAUUCCACGUGGGCUUGCUUCCGUCUCGCGGGGACUGUGUGCUCAAAUAAAUAGAAUUUGGCCGUCUCUUCCCAGCCAUUCGCGGAGGGCGUCCAUGCCAGUGCUAAAAUCCUCGAUUCGGUUCCAACGAGCAUUGCGACCAAAUCGUUCUUCGUCCAAAAAGCAAGCACGUUUGAAGUCCCAAGAGGAGAACCGCCUUGAUCUCGUGGCGAGUUACGAUAGCCCACUCAAGACCCAUCGAUACGUGGAUCGUUGGCUGGAGAUGGCAAUGGCCGUCGCCGAUGUCCGCGUGGCAAUCUGAUGCCCUUCAUGUCAAGCUCGUAUUUUGAUCAUACGAUGUGGUCAUCCAGCAGGGAAGUUCGUGGUUCGGUGGAGAUUUCUUAAUUAAUAAGCUGAUUCUUCGAUUCACCCAACUGUUGCCAUUAUUGUUUCACUCUUUGUUACUAUCACCACUCUUGUGAGCGACGAGAUAGUUCCAGGAUGGUUCUCACGAGUGAGAGGGGCAUCCAAAUCAACGGAGAAUGGGCUUUCCCUGACCUCUGCUAAUUUGGGCUAGUCUAAUCUUCCGCUUUGAGUCGUCAUGCUUUCAGAUUGUGUCUUUCUUCCAGAUUAGAUCUACAGUAUGUUAUUUUUCUGGUAGUCAUUUUUACGCGUGUUUUAAAAGUGGAGCCUUCCGGAUUGGGUCAUUGAGCAAUGCACGGUUCUGCUGCCACCAGCCAAAGCCAAAACAGACUGUUUCGUUGUUGUGGCCAAGCACUCUUUCAAUCGCCCCUUCUUAUGUUUUUUACAGCUUCAAAGUGUGAAAUUAACUUCAUAAGUGUGAAAUUGGAAUUGCUUCCAAAAAUUUGCAUCGGACUUCCUGCUGAGAGGAAUUCACGUAAACAAAAAGUAAAACUAGUUUCAUUUGCGAAAUGUUACGGGCAAUUCGUGAAACAAAAACUGCAUUAGUUGCAAGAAACACGGAAACCAGAAUUGGAACCCACAGUUUCGCUGCUGCUGCCAAGUUCCUGGACGUUGCUGGUGUCGACCACUUCUUUGCAAAUAGCUACAGUAGCAACUCGAUCGUUGGACACAGAAGUGCACAUGGAUCGAUCGAGCCCCUCAGCUCAAAACCAAAGCACAAGUAGCUCUUAGCACAGUCGGAUACAGUAGAAAUCGCUUUCUUACAGUCCUCCCAUCAUGUCGAGUUCCUCCGCCAUUCGCUAUAUUGACAGUAAUGGAAGGCAAUACCGUCAGGGUCAUUUGAUGUCGUUACUUCCCACAACCACAGUCAGUGAAGGAGAAAGAUUUCUCGAGGAGACAAGAGUAUUCAAUGACUUGAGUGCCUUCUUGGCGUACAAGCACUCACAAAACAGAAGCAGUCAAGUGCUCCCAGACCUUUCCCAAAGGUUGGCUUCCUGCGAUUUCCAGUGGACGUUUCUGGCUUCUGAUACACAGUUUUCUCCAAUAGAAACAGUCAGGGGGCUGACGACAUACCUUGACAGGGUCAGAGCAUCCAAGACAGCCAAUGCGACAAACAGUACUUUGACCAACACUGAGGAUUUGCCUGUGCUUUCUGCAAACACCACAAACAUCAGUCCAUCACAAGGAACAGAACUUCCUCUUCAGCAACCAUUUGCCCUGUUGGGGGCCGCAAAAUCUAUAUCAUCGCACUCACUCAGCGUGCUUGCUGGAAUGAUGGAGUUGCCCCAAAUCAGCUCUUCUUCCACUUCAGAUGUUCUGGAUGAUGCGCCUUUCUUUGCACGAACAAUUUACCCUACCUCAGGUACAAGCAAAGCACUAAUGGUGUAUCUGAAAUCAUUGGGGGUUACUCAUGUGGGCCUCCUUUUUAUCAAUGAUACUUGGGGAAGAUCCUAUCAGAAAAACCUUGCCUUUUCUGCCAAGCAAUUCGGCAUCUACUUACACCCUUUUGCCUACAACGAACUGGAUGACUUUGAUGAAAGGGUACAAGAGUUAAAAAAUUCACAAAUGCAGUAUUUCAUUGGGGCCCUGAAGCCAGGGUAUUGGAAAACCGCUGUUCGCAAGUUGUACUCGCAUGGGUUGAUGGGGAAGAAAACUGAGGACAGCAUCCACUACCAGUGGUUCUUUGGUGGAUUGCUGGACCUUGUUGCUGAGGGGUUUGUUUUAAAUGCUAAGGAAGAUUGGGACCUGGCUCAUGCCCUGCAUGGAGCUGGAGUUGUGGUGCAGAAAGUCACCCCCAAUGACGCCUUUAACAAGGCUCUAGCUUCCAUUAAAGACGACAAGGCAUUUCAACAGGACUUCAUCAACAGCCACUCAGAACCCCACCUAUUCGACAAUUUCACCUUUGACUACCCUGGUUGGUCCAAGAUACAGUAUUUGACGUAUGAUGCUGUCAUUGCUCUUGGUAUCACGGCCUGUCAGACGCCUGGUUUGUUCACUGGCACUGAAUUCUACCACAACUUGCUGAAGAUUGACUUUGAGGGUGUGUCUGGUAGAGUUCAGCUAGACAGCAAAACAGGGAACCGCCGUGAGGAUGGUGUUGAGUUUGAGAUUAUCAAUGUAGUUAUCUCAGAUCGAACAAGUGCACGGGAGGGGGGAAAUGAAUCGAUUUCCUUCACGCGGAAUGCCACUGCUUUGAUCACAUUUCAUCCAGAGACACAUCAAGGCAACGUAGAAUUGCUACAACCUUUCUUCUACAAUGACAACACAACAAAGCCACCUCCCGUGUUGCCCCGACUGGAAGAAAACAUGAACCUGAUUCCCGAGCCGGUCCUCAUAUUUGGAUUUUGUCUAGCUGGAAUUAUUAUCCUUCAAUCGAUUGGAUGGGCUGGAUGGGUUUACGUCAACAGGAAACAGCCUGUAGCUUCUGCAGCACAACCACUCUUCUUGACAUUGCUGUGCAUGGGAACAUUCCUGAUGGCAUUGGCAAUCAUCCCUCUUGGCCUCCAAGAACCCAACACUGGCUUGGAUGCAGCCUGUAUGUCCAUCCCCUGGCUAGUCUGCAUUGGAUUCUGUGUGGCCAUGUCAGCCUUGCUCUCGAAAGCCAUCAGAAUCAACAAACUAAUGAAGUCCGGCACUGCUUUCCGAAGGGUUGCGCUGAAACCUACUGAUGUGAUGAGACCCUUCCUCACAUUGAUGUGCAUCAAUGUUGCAUUCCUACUUGCCUGGACAGCUUCACCAUACAGCUUGUCAUGGCAACGAACCAAAGUCAACAACUAUGAUGAGUUUAGACGACAGGUUGAGUCUGUUGGCAUGUGCCGGCCACAAGGAGGCCACUGGUACCUAUUCUUCUUUUUGCCUUUGGCAGCAGUCAAUAUUGUUGCAACUGGCCUUGCCACAUACCAUACAUACAAAGCCAGAGACCUCCCAGUAGAGUUUGGUGAGACGAGGUACUUGGCUCUGUCGAUGAUCACUCUCUCAGAGAUCUGUUUGAUUGGUCUACCAACCAUUGGAGUUGUGGUUGGAAGCCCUACCGGCCUCUACUUGGUGGUUUCUAUCGUCCUGUUUGUAUCCUGUAAUGCCAUCUUGCUCCCGCUGUUUGUUCCCAAGUACCUUUGUCGAAAUGUGCUUGCACGAGGGAAUUCCUUUUGCAAUAGCAUUUCAGCAUACAACAUGGACCAGAGUAAGAACCGGCGAGCUCUUCCUUUCCGAGACCAAGCAACGCAUUUUGCAUGACAAGGGGCAUCGCCAUAGAGACAGCCUUCAAAACACGAGAUCCAUCGUCAGCCCCAAGAUUUGAUCCAAACUUGGUCAAAGUCAUCAAACAAAGACACAGAGAUAGGUGGGGUAAAGUGCCGUCGCUGCGGACUGGCUCCGAGCGCCAUGGUCGAUAAUAUUUGUUGCUUUUCUGGAACCGGAAGCACGUCAAUUUCGUCGAUUGAAGCUGCCAGACCACCACUCUACUAGACAGUAUCACAGGACGCUUAAACUUUCCAGAGGAACGGUUGUAUCCACAGUACAGCCAGAUAUUGGCAGCUCCACCGCACACCACACGUAAACCAUGCCAUUCUCAGUCAUACGGUAUGCAUAGCUCGCUCGUAGGUAAAAUGGAGCUUCUUUUGCCUGGUGUAUUGGGUGUGGCCAGUGGUGUCGUCGUGGGUGUUUUGGGAGCGGCGGAGUUCAUUCGAAGCUGUCCCAGAACCUCGUCAAGGAAAAUGGUGGAACGAGGCAUCUCAGAAAUGUAAUAACUGACGCAUUGGAUUGCCACGGUGUUCCAUUGGUCCAAAGAUCUACUUGUUGUCUUGUGAUGGCGCGGAAUACGGUCUUCGAUUUUCGUCGACGCUGCUUCUUCUCCUGUCGACGCUGUUGUUGCGCCGACACGAUAGGCUGUUGCCGAUCCUGUUGCUGUUACAAUAGCGGUCACGGCAGCGGUGGCCGAUGUUGUUGCAGUUGUAGCGGUAGUAGUAGUGGUCGCCCGUUCGAUCUUCUCGCAAAUUCGCUUGAAUUCACUGCUUUGCCGAUGGAUGCAACUCGUUCCGUACAUGUAGUUCCGUAGUUGCUUGCUGGCUUCCGCUGUUGUUGAGCCUGGACAUUAUCACCCGCUACGACUGUACUAUCGCCGUCCUGUCGAUAACAACAGCGAAAUUGGCACGCUGCCGACUGAAGGUGUCGGGUGGUGGCGGUGGAUAAACUACUAGUAGCAGAUCAGCCCCAGCAUGACCCAUGCAACCUUUCAACACCAAACCAAGGUGCUCUAGGUUGGUCUAAGAGGUAUUAGAAGCGAUCGGAACGGCUUAUUGGUUACCCCCACCAUGGUCGGGUCAAUGAGGGGUUUAAUGAAUAAUUAGAGAGAGCUAAGAUGAGGAUGGGGACAGAGCAGGAGGGGAGGGCACCAUGCAGGAACCCAAGGCAAGCAAUCAAGUGGGCAAGCAGGGCAACAUGGAAGCCAAGGAAAGGGGUGAAGGCAGGAGUGCAGGGAGGAGCAAAGGUGGUGAGUUCAAGGCCACCAAGCACCAAGCACGCCGGGAGAGACAACACUAAAAUGGUAGCUGAGCUCAAAGCUGUC